AUGAACCCCCCUCCGGCGAGCUCCCUCGUAGGGAGCUCGACUCCCGUUCCCCUUCUUGCAAGUGGAAACGCAGGUGCCCUCGCCACCGCUAGCUCCUUGGGAUUCUCCAGAGACUCGUCACCUGAAAUCCGGAAGCUUGUUAAAGCUGUAGACGCCCUGGCGAGGCGGAAUAUGGACGGCCUCGCGGUCCUUACAUGCGGCAUCGUUCCUUUAGUAAUGUCUCAGUUGUUCCCCCAAAAAACGAGUCUUUGCGCAACUACGGAUGUGAUAACAGUUUUGGCCAUGACCCCCUUUGCUGCCCCCGCAGUAGCGGCUCACUCUGUCUUCAGCUCACUUUUUACCCGUCUGAACGGAUCUGAACGAAGGUUUGUUCUUGAUCAGCAGUGGAGGCUACGACCACGACAUCAUCAUAAAUCGGACCUGGAAUUUGGCCCUAUGGGACGGGGCAGUGAGAAGUCCGAGGACCAACCCCUCCCAAUGUCUCAUGAUGGGCUGUCCUUUGGCUCCUCCUACACAUUGGGACUGGUAGCGAGUAUAGCAUAUGUCUCCCUUCUCCGAAUGCUGGCCGCUGCACUGGAUCAAAGUCAAGUCCAGAUAAAUGAUGUCGAUAAGUCUAAAUCCGUAACGCAAGCUUACUCACCAGAUGUGUCCCUCGAUCUUGCCUCCAUUGAACGCUAUACAGCUUUGAGUGUAUUCACACUAUGGCUGGGUCUACAUUAUUCGUCAUCAAUCAAAAACUUAAACACGGGAGCUGGUCUGGCCCUCCUUGGGUCCAGUCUGGCCACUCUCAAAGCCCAUGUUGUCAGUUUCAAAUCCCGCUCAUUAGCUACAGUCACCAAUCCUCAAGCACAGGUAUUAGCCGUAGUUCCCCGACGAGUACCCUGUCCUAGUGAGACAUCGACGCCCCACUACAACGUAGUUAGCCAAGGUUUGUCGACCGUCGGCCUUUUCGUCGCAGUGGUUAAACGGCUAAGUGGUUAA